CUCGCCGCGCGCCGGACUUGCCGUGUCUUCUCUCGUCGCCGCUCACUCCGCGAAUUCUGCAUCUGUUCAGUGGAUGUUUGGAAUUGCUACCAUCGAGUAAGCCAUGCGAGGAAAGCUUUGGACAAGACUUGCCCCUUACAUAUCUAAGCGUCAUAUUUCAACCUCUCAGACCUCAUCAACUUCAUUUGCCUCGUCAUGCUCCGCAAUACAGCCAUGGCUCUUUGUUGGUCUCGGUAACCCUGGUGAGAAGUAUCAAUGCACCAGACACAAUGUUGGGUUUGAUAUGAUAGACAUGUUUGCACAGUCUCAGGGUAUAUCUCUGACUAGGCAUCACUUCAAGGCACUAUUUGGGGAAGGAAUGAUUGAAGGUGUGCCUGUUUUGCUAGCUAAGCCUCAAACAUAUAUGAAUCUCAGUGGUGAAUCUGUUGGGCCACUUGCCGCCUAUUAUAAACUACCACUUAAUCGUGUCCUUGUGGCAUUUGAUGACAUGGAUCUGCCCUGUGGAGUUCUUCGUUUACAACCUAAAGGAGGAUAUGGGCGUCACAAUGGGGUGAAGAGCUUGAUUUACCAUUUUCGUAAGAACCGAGAAUUUGGUCGACUAAGGAUUGGAAUUGGACGGCCACCUGGCCAAAUGGAUCCCAAAGCUUUUGUUCUCCAGAAGUUCAAUAGAACUGGUCGAGAACGGAUUGAUUCAGCCAUACAAGAGGGUGUUGAGAUUCUAAAGUUGGUUGUUAGCAAGGGUUUGACAGAGGCGGCGAGAUCAUCAAAUAUGGAUCAAAAGUAUAAACAUCUGACCUCACAUGACCUGCAACUGUAAAGAUGAUGACAUCAUCUUAUCUGUUAAAGCGAUCUGUGAUGUGCUAUCCCGCUAUCAACUGUUGAAUGCCUGAUGGGAGAACCUGGUAACAUCUACAUGACAUGAUUCAUUGAUUUGCCUCUCCCGACAAGAAUUGCAAGAUUCUGUUGGCUUCAAGGUUCUACUUUGCGCUUAAAGAUAGAGCUGAUCAUUUUUCUACAAAAGAUGGAUAUCCAUCUUACCACGUGACGCCUUAUUCAGAACUAUACCAGGUGCCAUCUUCCGCUUCCACCCCAUGGAUUGAAUAAAUGGAACCGAAGAAACAAACCAAGUACAUAAGAAGAGAAGAUGGAGCAGUAUAAAUAAAUACCUUGAAUGCGGCUAAGUCAUCAAGGAAGCGUGUAAUUUCACCGCAAGCCUUGACAGCAUCAGUGCAACCGGUGGCCCAUUCCAGUGCUUCCUUGGUUACUAAAUCACCGGUACCAACAAGUGACACGAGACAGCAUCGGAGCGCCUGAGGAGAUGAUGGACACAUCCAAAUGAUCUUGAAAGCUUGGUAUGUAAUUGUGAUGAAACCAGACAGCUUCCUGGAGGUAAUGCUUGCAUAACCUUUGAUACUAUAGGUGACAAGAGAAAAAAAAUCUUGAUGAAUGACUAUGAAAAUACGACAACUCUAUCCAAGCUGAAUGUUUAAUAUUCAAGUUUGUUGGUUUUUAGCUCCAA